AUGACAACUUUAAGUACCACUGAAUCGAAAGGUGUGGUCAAUGUGUAUCAAGUUUGGAAUUAUCGCUUGAAGUUGGACGGUUUCAAUUUGAGCUUACGUGGGCAUUCGCGCGCCGCUGAAAAGACUGGCUUUUAUAUACCUGAAUUAGAUAUAAUGCUAGAUGCCGGACUUCAAUCACCCUUUCAUCCAAAAUUAAUUUUAAUUACACAUGGUCAUUCGGAUCAUUCAUUUGCCUUGCCAAUGAUUCUUACUGGAAUUAAAAGUAUCCCAACGAUCUAUGUCCCGAAUAAUACGAAGCAUUUUUAUGAUCAAUUUAUCCAAAGUGUUGCAUGUUUGACAUCACAAGAUAGUGAAGCGAAGGCGACAAAUUUUGAUCUGCAAGAUGUGAAGCCAGGUCCUGAUCGUUUACCAUUUGUCACUAAGAACCAAACCUUUUACGUACAAGUUUUUUCUUGUGAUCACAGUAUUGAUUGUGUGGGUUAUGGUUUGAUGCAAAGUAAUAAACGACUCAAGGAAGAAUAUAAAAACCAAACAAAAGAUGAGAUUAUUGCCUGUCGAAAAACCGGUAUUGAGAUCAUGGAAUCCUACAUUAUGUACAUUCUGGCUUACUUAGGAGACACUACACCACUCGUGUUUGCACAAGAACCUGACAUUUUUCAGUACAAAAAUUCAGGAUUACAACUUCGUCGUACAGAAACGUCACCUGUCCAUAUGGGACCAUCGUUGAUUCAUUAUGGAAAUAAAUCGGAAUGUUAUGAACAUUUGAUAAAUUAUAUUAAAGAAAAUGGUCAAUAUCCGCUUAUAAUUAGGAGUGAUACGGCAUCAAAAAUUAAAAAAGCUGUGUCCAAAGUUUUCCCACCAACAACCCAUUUAUUUUGUACACGUCACUCACAAACUUUUCAAGAACAUUUAAUCAAUGGUAUUCGAAAUGCACCUGGUUAUGUGAAUCAAGACGGUACAGCAAAAUUAUUUAAUAACGACAAUGAAGCUAUUAAUCAUAUGUUAAAAAAUGAGUCAGAUUGGAAACAAAGACUAUUAUCCGAUGUAUUAGAUCUGAUUGAUAGAUCAUUAACAGCACAAAAGAAAGAAACAAUCAGAAGUUCGUAUGGAGGUGGUGAAUCACAGUUAAUUGAUCCUUUUUGUUCGGUAAGAGCAAUGUACAAACUGAAACGAAUCGAUAUACGUCGACGAAAACGUGUCGGUCUGACAAAAGCCAACGGUUCCGACGGUGGGUUGUGGCUUUGGGUUGGAAAGCCCAACAGUGAUGAAUAA